AUUUAGAUGUCUGAAGAAUCCAAUUCUAUUUUAUCAACUAUUUAAUAUUACAAAAGUAAGAUCAAAUUUCCUACAUUUUCAAAGUAAUAUAAUGAAAUGAAUGAAACCUAAGAAUAAAAGGAAUUAUUUUUUUGUAAUUCAAAAUAAAGAAAGGAGGAAAGUUAUCGUUAAUUGAAGGAAUGGGCUUAGAAUAGAAGGGAAGUUCUAGAUAAAAAUAAAGCAUUAAUUGAAGAAUUAGUUAAUAUUUGUGAUUAUCGAAUCAGACUUUCUGGUCAAUAUCUGUAAAUUGUAUACAAAUUCUUUAAUGAAAAAUACUUCCAUGAAUAGUAAUAUGGAUAAUUCUUACUUACAAAACCUUAACCAACACUUAAAUAAAAUCCAUUAAGUCAUUAACUAUAUUCCAAUAUCGGUUAAGCCAUCUCAACUUUUGAAGAAACUAAUUUGAAAAAUUGUGAAAAAGUAUCUAACUUUGCUCAUACAAUAUCAAACUAAAUCUUAAAAACAGAAAUACUAUCAGAUCUUUUUGAUUUGGAUAAGAAAUCCGAUUAAAUAUUAAGUUGUAUAAUUGCACAAAAAAAAUUGCUUUAAUAACAAUAUAUAUUAUCUGCCUAAAAGCUUAAAGCAAUAACAGAUUAAUUUCCAUAGUAAUUAUAAAAUCAGAGAGCUCGUAAACCUAUUUUCGAUAAUCCAAUUCAAAACGAAUAAUAAAAUUAACAUAUAGAACAAAAAUAAAAUUAGACAAUCGAAGAUUAAAAUAUAGAACCAUCUACAAUAAAAGUAAAUGAUAUUAGUGAAGUUUUGGCAGAUGAUCAAUUAUAAGUUAAUAAUCUUUCAGAAUAAUUAAAAGAAAACUAAAUAGAUGGAACUUAAUCUUGUGUCUAUUAGUAAGAAAAUACAGACAAUUCAUCAAAUAACAGUGUCUAAAAAUAAAUAGACCCAUAAUUAUUAAAAGAUAAACAUUAUUUUGAGAUGAAUAAUGAAGGAUAAAAAGUUUAUCAAUCUCAAACUGUCCCUUUCUCUCUACCAAUAAAUAGAAAUUUCGAAUAAAAAUAAAAGCAGCAUCAAGAAGUAGAUUUAUAUAAACUCAUUAUGAGUUAUACUGCAUCUUAGUCUUACACAAUUAAGCUCUUAAAUUAAUUGAUUGAAAAAGUAAUAUAAUAUUGGAAACAUGUAAAGUAUAGAAAAUAAUAAUAGGUUACAGUAAUUGAAUAAAAAAGAACAAAAUGGGCAUAGGAAUCUUGUUAAAUUUAUAAAGAAGCAAUCAAAGAUGUCCAUUACAUGAAUGUAGAAUUGCCUUAAUUCAAAAUGGAAGUGGAAGAUUACUAUAGUUUUAGAAACAUAUUUUCUGAUUCAUGUUCCUCUUUUGAAAAUGUUAAAGAUUAAAAUGAGUUUUGUCAAUCUUUGAUUAUCAAAGAACUUGGAUGUUAGGCUGCUAGAUUAUUAUUAGUUAAAGAAUUCAAAGUAAAUGUAGUUGAAAAAAACAGUGAGUUACCAUCCAUUUUAGUACUAACAAUAGAUAAAUUCGUUGGUUGUUGGCUUAAAUAUGAUGAUUCUACAGAUGGUAUUUUUUUAGAAAAUAUUCUAUAAGCAAUUGAUUCUCCAGUUUUGCAUUACCCAAUUAGUUAAAUUUCUAUUUAAAAUAUUGGUAACUUACUAUUAGAGAUCAUUCCAUCUAAAAAUCUCUUAUUUUUAAAUGUAAUAAUUAAUCUCUAUUUAUUUUAGAUUAGUAAUGGCAGAUAAAAAAGCACUAUUAAAUUUGCAUGUAUUGAUGACAUGGAAGAGUUUAGUACAAUAAUAAAAAAUUGA